CGCAGUCGCCAAAGCGUGUGGGACAAAUCCAGAGUCGAAAGUAGCUUUAGCUGUUGAAUGACUUUGUACCCGUACGCCUUCACGAAAUUUGAGUGCUGGGCACGUCGUGAUUAAUAACGGAGCUAAUGGAGGCCCUCAUACCUGUAAUAAACAAACUACAAGAUGUAUUUAACACAGUCGGCGCGGAUAUCAUUCAACUUCCACAGAUAGCUGUCGUAGGAACUCAGAGCAGCGGGAAGAGUUCUGUUUUAGAGAGCCUGGUCGGCAGGGACAUCCUUCCACGUGGUACUGGCAUCGUCACACGCCGGCCCCUCAUCCUGCAGCUGGUGCACAUAGACUCAGAUGACCGCAGGAAAACCACGGAAGAGAAUGGACCCAAGAAAAAUGGGCGUCUUUACAAAGGCAUCGAUGGAGAAGAAUGGGGCAAAUUCCUUCACACCAAAAACAAGAUCUACACAGACUUUGAGGAGAUCAGACACGAGAUUGAAGCGGAGACGGAGAGAAUUACUGGGAACAACAAGGGUAUUUGUGAUGAGCCCAUUCACCUGAAAAUCUUUUCCCCUCAUGUUGUGAACCUCACGUUAGUGGAUCUUCCUGGCAUUACAAAGGUGCCUGUGGGAGACCAGCCCAAAGACAUAGAGAUCCAGAUCAGAGAGCUGAUUCUAAAAUUUAUCUCCAACCCUAACUCCAUAAUCCUGGCUGUGACUGCUGCCAACACAGACAUGGCAACCUCAGAGGCUCUGAAAGUGGCUCGUGAAGUUGACCCUGAUGGCAGGAGGACACUGGCAGUGGUGACCAAGCUGGAUUUGAUGGACGCUGGUACAGACGCCAUGGAUGUGUUGAUGGGCCGAGUCAUUCCUGUCAAGCUGGGUAUUGUUGGAGUAGUUAACAGGAGUCAGUUGGACAUUAAUCAAAAGAAAUCAGUGGCUGAUUCUAUUCAUGACGAAUACGCAUUUCUACAAAAGAAGUACCCCUCUCUCGCAAACAGAAAUGGAACUAAAUAUCUGGCUCGAACAUUAAACAGAUUAUUGAUGCAUCACAUCAGAGACUGUCUGCCUGAGUUGAAGACCAGGAUCAACGUUCUGGCUGCGCAGUAUCAGUCUUUACUGAACAGUUAUGGGGACCCUGUUGAAGACAAGAGUGCCACGCUGCUGCAGCUUAUCACCAAGUUUGCAGCGGAGUACUGCAAUACUAUAGAGGGCACAGCUAAGUACAUCGAAACGGCUGAACUAUGCGGCGGAGCAAGAAUUUGUUAUAUAUUUCACGAGACCUUCGGUCGUACAUUGGAGUCCGUCGAUCCUCUGGGUGGUCUGACGACUAUUGAUGUGCUGACAGCAAUCAGAAAUGCCACGGGCCCGAGACCUGCCUUGUUUGUGCCAGAGGUUUCCUUUGAGUUGCUGGUGAAGCGGCAGAUCAAACGUCUGGAGGAGCCCAGCCUGCGCUGCGUCGAACUGGUUCAUGAGGAAAUGCAGAGGAUCAUCCAACACUGCAGCAACUAUAGCACUCAGGAGCUGUUGCGGUUUCCAAAGCUCCAUGAUGCCAUAGUCGAAGUGGUUACCUCUCUGCUCAGAAGGAGACUCCCAGUCACUAACGACAUGGUUCAUAACCUGGUUGCCAUAGAGCUGGCUUAUAUCAACACUAAACACCCUGACUUUGCUGAUGCCAUUGGCCUCAUGAAUAAUAAUCUAGAAGACCAGAGACGCAACAGACUGAGAGACUUGCCUCCUUCGGUUCCCAGAGACAAGUCCUUUAAACCCCCCAGUGGUCAGUCUCUGCCCCCUGUUGAGCCUCCUGCCCAGGAGGGUGAGGACACUAAGGCCUCAGCCAGUGGCUCUCAGAGUGCUCCCGCUGGUGAACAGGUAGAUGGUGGAAUGGGCAACUGGAGGGGCAUGAUCAGAAAGGGGGAGGAGAGUUCAUCAAGUGACAGAGUCGUCCCGCAGCCCCCACCUCCUGCAAGCUCCCAGAGAGGCCAUGCUGUGAACCUGCUGGAUGUGCCUGUUCCAGUCUCCAGGAAGUUAUCGGCUCGGGAGCAGAGAGACUGCGAGGUCAUUGAGAGACUCAUCAAAUCAUAUUUUCUUAUUGUUCGGAAAAACAUCCAAGACAGUGUACCAAAAGCAGUGAUGCACUUCCUGGUGAAUCACGUGAAGGACCUCCUGCAGAGUGAGUUGGUGGGUCAGUUAUACAAGACAGCCCUGCUGAAUGACCUGCUGACCGAGUCCGAGGACAUGGCUCAGAGACGCAACGAGGCUGCUGACAUGCUGAAG